AUGCGUCCAACAGCCCUCAUCCCCGUGCUGUGCUGCAUAGCAGCCCUAAUCCUCUCCUUCCUAUGCCUCUUUGCAGGCCACAAAAAGGGCUUCAUGGAAGACUACCACCUGCUCACGCUCAACACCUCGAUGAUCGGCGAAACCAUUCUCAACGAAACCCGCUCCACCGACACCUCGAACCCGAUCACCAACCUGCUAAACUCCAUCGGCAACACCGGCAGCGAGAUCAUCAACGAUGCCAUCGGCGAAGUCACGCAGCGCCUGGGCAUCGAGGACUUCUACUCAGCCCACAUGCUCAACUACUGCGAGGGCCAGUACACGCCCACCGAGACCGCGAAUGCGACCGUCUCGCAGUCCGACAUCUCGAAGAACGUGACCGAAUGCAGCAAGAGCAAGGCCAUGUACAAGUUCGACCCGACUCAGAUUAUUGAGGAUGCGCUGAACAGGACUGGCGUAGACGUCACGCUCGACGACCUCGACUGGCCCGAGGACAUUGACACGGGGAUCAAGACGCUGAAUGCGCUCAUGGGCGCCAUGUUCGUGCUUUACUGCAUCGCUAUCGGACUCAUCUUCGUGUCUUUGUUCGCGGCUGCUGCCGCCAUGCUGCUGUCCGGCCGCCUGUCUGCGUGCGUCAACUUCUUGGUUUCGGUGCUGGCGUUCCUCGCCAUUGGCCUCGCUAGUGCGCUGGUUACGGCCGUCAUCGUGAAGGCGAGCCAUAUCAUCAACGACAAGGGCAACGAUAUUGGACUGCAGGCCACCUGGGGCGGCAAGUUUUUGGCGCUGACGUGGGCUGCGACUGCGCUCAUGCUCAUCGUCGUGUUGACUUGGGUGGUCGAGUUCUGCAUUGGGAGGAGGCACAACAAGCAGCCGACAUCCUCAAAGCACGGCUAG